AUGGCCGCUACUAUCAGGGUGCCGUGCUCGUCCGCAAACAUCGGCCCUGGUUUCGAUGUCAUCGGUUUGGCUCUUUCAGUCUGGCUUGAAGUGAAGGUCACUUUUGGAGGCGAGCAAUCUUCCGGAUCACCUUACAACUGCCGGGUCACAUAUGAAGGUCUCGGCAAAGAAAACGUCGACCUUGCCCCGGACCGAAACCUCAUCACCCAAACUGCGUUAUACGUUCUGCGAUGUCAUGGCCAGCGAUCGUUCCCACCAAACACUCAUGUCCACAUCAUCAACCCCAUCCCAUUGGGAAGAGGUCUGGGUUCCUCAGGCGCGGCCGUUGUCGCCGGUGUCGCCCUCGGGAACGUAGCUGGAAAGCUGGAUCUAUCAAAAGAUCGUAUCUUGGACUUCUGUCUCAUGAUUGAACGCCAUCCAGACAAUGUUGCUGCUGCUCUUUUCGGUGGCUUCGUUGGCAGCUAUCUCAAGGAACUCAACCCGGAGGAUAUGAAGCGCAAGGAGAUCCCUCUGGCAGAAGUACUCCCAGCACCCCAGGGUGGUGAGGACACUGGACUUCAGCCACCAAUUCCACCGCUCAACAUCGGCAAGCACAUUCGCUUCCCCUGGGCAAAAGAGAUCAAGUGCAUUGCCAUCAUCCCCGACUUUGAGGUCGCUACGGCCAAAGCGCGAAGUGUCCUUCCCACGUCGUACGAGAUGGCUGACGUUGUCUACAACCUACAACGAGUGGCACUAUUGACGACAGCACUUGGCCAAAGUCCACCAAACGCUGAGAUGAUCUACGAUGGCAUGCAGGACAAGGUGCACCAGCCUUACCGCAAGACGUUGAUUCCUGGUCUGACAGAGAUCCUGCAUUCUGUAACUCCAGAAUCGCACCCCGGACUUCUCGGAAUCUGUCUAUCUGGAGCCGGACCGACGAUCCUUGCCCUCGCUACGACCAACUUUGAGCAGAUCGCUACGCACAUCAUCGAACAGUUCAAGAAGGAGAACAUUACCUGCGAAUGGAAGCUUUUGGAACCUGCAUACGACGGUCUCACAGUCUCAUACGAAACGUCACAAGAACCAAAGGCUCAAGCAGCAAUGACCUACGCCGACGCCGGUGUUUCCAUCGAUGCUGGCAACGAACUUGUCAAAUCUAUCAAGGCUGCUGUGGCAUCCACUCGAAGACCAGGUGCCGACGCUGAGAUCGGUGGCUUUGGCGGUGCUCUCGAUCUCGCAGCUGCAGGCUACAAGGAAGCACCUAUCAUCAUCCAAGCCAUUGACGGUAUCGGCACGAAGCUGAAGAUUGCAUUCGCAAUGAACGACUWUUCCACAGUUGGAAUAGAUCUUGUUGCGAUGAACGUCAACGAUCUUGUCGUCCAAGGAGCUGAACCUCUGACAUUCAUGGACUACUACGCUUGCUCGACCUUGAACAUCCCCGAUGCCGUCUCUUUCGUCGAAGGCGUAGCUCGCGGUUGCAGAGAAGCAGGAUGUGCACUCGUAGGAGGCGAGACCGCAGAAAUGCCAGGAAUGUACCAAGACAACGAAUUCGAUGCAGGCGGCGCGGCAACAGGAGCCAUCAAGCGCGGUCAGAAGAUCCUUCCUGACAAAGCAGCGAUGAAGGAAGGCGAUGUGUUGCUCGGUCUGUCAAGCAACGGCGUACACUCGAACGGUUUCUCUCUGGUCCGCAAGAUCAUCGAGAGGAGAGGUCUUCAAUUCUCCGACACAGCGCCUUGGGAUAGCAGCAAGACUGUAGGUGAGAGUUUGUUGACUCCGACUCGUAUCUACGUGAAGCCUCUUCUCGCCGCAGUCGAGAAGGACCUUUUGCUUGGAAUGGCGCAUAUCACAGGAGGUGGUUUGGAAGACAACAUUCCUCGCAUGCUACCCAAGCACCUCGCUGCUGAGGUUGAUGCCUCAAGCUGGACUGUACCUGCCGUCUUACUCUGGCUCAAGCAAGCAGGAAACGUGUCCAGCCGCGAAUUCGCUCGGACAUGGAAUACUGGUCUCGGAAUGGUCAUCGUUGUGCAGGAGUCACUUGUUGCAGAAGCAACCAAGGCACUCGAAGGUGCAGGUGAAAAGGUACACCGGGUUGGAAAGCUGGUGGCCAAAAAGGACGAGGAGGUGAUUUUGAGGAACUUUGAGCACUGGGAUAAAUGA